AUGUAUGUUUGCAAGCAUGAAUCAGUUGAUGCGAUGCAAAUCUCUUACCUCAUGGUACCUGAUUUUUUUCACCGUGAACAUCUCUUUAUUUCCUACUAUAAAAGGAGUUCGAACACCAGUCGGAUGUACAACACCGUUUGGGGUGAUAACUGGAGUAAGACAAGGGGAGUGGCAGGAUUCUUCUUGUUCGAUUCCGCUAUCGAUGAAAUCAUGCGAAGAACAGCAGAUCAGUGUCCUACCGAUAUCAUAAGCACCAUCGGGACUCCCCCUGACCGAUCUCGACGAAGCGAAGUUGUCGACCUUGUAUCGAUGGUGGCUGCAGCCUAUGGACUACGUCUACGCCCUGAUAAAUGCAAGCAGAUGUGGGUCCCUUCGAGACCUCUAUCGGGAAUCAGAGUAGACGGACAACCGACCGAACUCGUCGAUGAGUUCCAUAAUCUGAGCUGUAUGCUGAAGAACAACGGCAACUACGAGAAAGAUAUUCAGCAAAGAUGCGCUAAGGAGUUAGUUUUCAUUAAGGAGUUGGAUGCGCUUUCCGCAUCCAACUCCUUAACGAAAUCCAUGUGGUCAUUCCACAUCACCAACAAAGUCAAGCUGCGAGUCCAACUAGCCGCAGUUCGCCCUAUCAUGAUGUACGGAUUGGAAACUUGGGCAGAACCGUCUACGCUUAUGGAGAGGACAUGUCACAAUGAAGAUCUUUACGCAGAAAUCGAUGUGAUGUACCGGCAGAAGAUAUCAACAUCUUGCGCCGCCGCCGAAAGUGGCUACAGAAGGUCGUCUUCUUUAGCCAGAAGGCCAUCCCAGAAGAUCGAGAAGGUUGAGCAGAGCUAUGUUCAAGGACGGCAAACCUCGGCAAAGAUGCAAGUAAUCGCGUCUGGCUAUGACAUCAGCCCGCCGACUAAGUCAAAUAAGCGAGUUGCUUCAGGUGCACUAGUUGAGUCAUCAAUAAUGGAUGGAAGUGUUCAAGAACCUUCUUUUAUUAAUGAAUUUUUGCUCAUCAAACACACAAAGGAGGGGGAAAAAUGGAGCCCUGAUAAUAAUGCUACUGUCAGAGUGGCUAUUAGAGAUGCCGAAUGUUUUUCUGCUUCCACAUAUUCUUCUUUUGCUGUGCACUUGGCUGCAAUAGACUAUAACAAUAAAUUUCGUUCAUGGGUCACAAUCAAAUCGAAAGAAUUCAUCUACGUGAGAGAGUAUGGAGCAUGGAUUUUUUCAGGACGGUUCAAAGGAAAACUGAACGGAGCAGCAGAUCUGGACCAUUGCUUUGAAGAAAUACAUUUUGAUUGUGUACCUCGAGCUGAUGCCGUGUUCAUUCGAUUCGACAACCAGCCUGAGGAUAUGUGGGCCAUAGAUCAAAUUUUCGUGGACACAAGCUAUUCAUUGGGACCUACAGAUGACUACUUGCAGAAAUGGCACUUUGAACAUCCAGUUUUGAUGCCAUGUGUUUCUUGGCUGGACGACUCGGCCACUUAUCAAAUUGGCCCCAGGAAUGGACUAUUUAUCAAGCACAACUACGACUAUCUGCCUAGGAGAGGAGAGUAUAUUCGUGACUGGGUGUGA